ACACCACCUUAUCAUCUUGCUUCAUUUCCCUUCAGCCUUAAAAACUCAUUUCUUCCUAUCUCUCUCUCUCUCUCCUUUAAAUUCAUAGCCGCGAAAGGAGGGAGGAGAGAUGUAUAGCUCACUGGAAACGACAGCUCCGGCUACGUUGGAACCGCAAGUUCUUGGAACAGAAACAUCGGAGAAAGAACUGCCAAUGACUGGAGGAGACAAACUGUUACUGAAAGGUUUGAAGUUUUAUGGUUUCCAUGGAGCCAUUGCAGAAGAAAGGACAUUGGGGCAGAUGUUUCUUAUUGACAUUGAUGCGUGGGUGAGUCUUAAAAAGGCUGGUUUAUCUGACAACUUAGCAGAUACAAUCAGCUACGUUGACAUUUUCAGCAUAGCUAAAGAAAUUGUUGAAGGCCCACCACUAAACCUUUUGGAGGCAGUAGCGGAACGCAUCGCGUCCAGAACGCUUGAAAAGUUUCCUCGGGUAACUGCUGUUCAAGUGAAGCUAGUGAAGCCAAAUGUUGCACUUAUCAAGAGCAGUAUCGAUUACUUAGGGGUCGAGAUUUUCCGACAGCAAAAACACUGAUUCAAGGGAUCUGAUGAUGUCCCUCUAAUAUUUGUGUUCAAUAAUCCUUUGUCCUCCAGACAAAAAGAACUGUAUCCAUGAAAUGAAAUUAUCAUAUUUAUUUAUC